AGCCCUAAUUUCGACCCGGAAAACCGUACCAGUACCACUCCCCUACCUAGCCCUUGACACUUCCUUUCUUGUCAUCCAUUGCAGAAGAAAAGCUCCAAUGCAUAAUUGAAGCCUCUCGCAGAGUUGAAAACAAGCCAAGCCAACUACUUUGAAGCUAAAUUAUCAGUCGAAGAUGUCUGGUUCCUUCGAGGAUUUCGCUCAAUUCGACAUCUCCGUCGAGGAAAAGGACAAGCUCGUCGGAGAAGUAAUACGCUACGUGUUGUUCAAGACUGAGCAAAGCUCCGGCUGUCCGAUAAAGAGGGAGGACUUGACUCAAUUGAUCACCGGCAAAAACUACCGGCAGAGGAAUCUCCCUGCUUUUAUUAUCAAUGAGGCUAGGAAGAAGCUCGAGGAAAUCUUCGGUUACGAAAUGAAGGAGCUUCAGCGCGCCCGUUCGUCCACCACCAAUCGCUACUCGCAGCAAGCCACUGCUGAUGCAAAAUCAUAUAUUCUCAUCGGUAAGUUACCUCCAAAAGCCUACAAGGAGUGUGUGGAGGAUAAGAGCAAAUCACAUGUUACUGGUUUCACAUUUGUGGUCAUGAGUAUUAUUUAUCUUGCCGGAGGCAACAUAACACAGGAAGAUCUUUGGCGUCAUUUGAGACGGUUGGGUCUGAUGGAAACUGAUGAAAGCCAUCCUGUCCUUGGUAACCUCAAACAGACAUUGGAGGCCCUUGUUCAGCAAAGAUAUGUGCAUAAAGAGAAAGUCAAUGGCCCUGAAGGAAAUGUUAUACAUUAUGAGCUUGCUGAGAGAGCUCUAGAUGAGGAUAUUAAUAAUAGAAUGAAAGAGUAUAUAUCCAAGAUUGUGCAAAAGGAUAUUAACACAGUGGAUGUUGAUUAGCUAUUUCUGCUGGCUGGAACGUGCGUUUGGAAAUUACUAGUGUUUUUGAUCUAUCUAGGAAGAAUGUAGCACGGUGGAUGUAUUUUUGUGUUUCUAUUACUCUUUGAGGAAAGGAUGCCCUGUGUGGUGGCAUUUUGUUUCUUCUGUUGCUGUAAAUGUCUACCUUGUUGCCAAAGUGUUUAGUUUUGUGAAAUUUCCUUCUCAGCACUCUCCUUAUUUAAUACAGCUAUUGUGAAAGUAUGAUAUAUCUGCGAGAACAGCAGUAGGAGAAUAUUUUCAUGGUAGUCCUGACCUCAAUGAUGCUUCUACCCAUUUUUCCAACUUGUUGGCUCAUUGCGGAUAUGCAGUGUUGGCCUUUUUGGUUUUUUGUCUGUCAUCAGCAUUUUGAACAAACUGAGGAUGUGCAGGCAUGUGCUGGUGUUGCAUUCCUUGAAAAUGCCAAAGAUUAAGAAUGAAUUACUCGAAUAUGGUUGCAGUUCACAUGAAAGAGCAAGCAGGAACUUCUUUAAGUUGCAGAGGAUGAUUAUUAUUCAUCAUCAAAAGAGAAGAGAAGAAGAAAUG